CAGUGAUCGUGGAUUAUGGCUGUCCUGUGCAUCUUGGUUUUGGUCUUUGGGACCUCUACAGUCCUGGCUCAGACAGUUGAGGACAGAGCCAAAGAGUUCCUGAAAAAAUUUGAUGAGGAUGCAUCCCGCAUCAUGUAUCAGCAUAGUCUUGCGUCUUGGAACUACAACACGAACAUCACCACAGAGAACUCUGACAAACUGGCAGCACAGGGAGCAAUCUGGGGUGAGUUUUACUCUAAAGCAUCAGAGGAGUCCAAUGCUUUUCCUAUCGAUCAGAUUUCUGACCCAGAGACUAAACUCCAGCUCCGAUCUCUCCAGGAUAAAGGAUCAGGUGCGCUGUCACCCGAUAAAGCAAGCCAUCUAGGUAAAGUCAUGAAUGAGAUGAGUACAAUUUAUGGCACGGGGACCGUGUGUAAAAUCGAUGACCCCUUCGACUGUGAAACUUUGGAACCAGGCCUGGAAGCAAUAAUGGCUGACAGCAGGGACUACUACGAGCGGCUGCAUGUGUGGGAAGGCUGGAGGGUUCAGGUGGGCAAGAAGAUGAGGAGACUCUAUGAAGAUUAUGUGGACUUGAAGAACGAAGCUGCAAGGCUAAACAAUUAUAAAGACCAUGGAGACUACUGGAGGGCUAAUUAUGAAACAAUUGAUGAGCCAAAAUACAGCUACACCCGAGAUGAACUGAUGACGGAUGUCAGACGCAUAUAUAAUGAGAUUCUGCCUUUGUACAACGAGCUUCAUGCUUACGUGAGAGCCAAGUUGCAGGAUACAUAUCCUGGCCACGUCACCUCUAAUGGAGGUCUUCCAGCCCAUUUGCUGGGUGACAUGUGGGGACGGUUUUGGACCAACCUUUACUCACUUUGUGUUCCUUAUCAAGACAAGCCUGAUAUUGACGUGACCUCAGCAAUGAUAGAACAGGGCUGGCAAGAACGGCGGCUGUUCUGGGAAGCAGAAAAGUUCUUUGAAUCGGUGAACAUGUCGACCAUGUUUCCUAACUUCUGGAACAACUCAAUGUUUGUAAAGCCGGAUGAUGGCAGGAAAGUGGUGUGUCAUGCCACAGCGUGGGACAUGGGCAACCGAGAGGACUACAGAAUCAAGAUGUGCACUACAGUGAGCAUGGACCAUUUUCUUACCGCGCAUCAUGAGAUGGGACAUAACCAGUACCAGAUGGCUUAUCGAAACCUGUCUUACCUUCUCCGAGACGGAGCUAACGAGGGCUUUCAUGAAGCUGUAGGCGAGAUCAUGAGCCUAUCGGCCGCAACCCCGUCACAUCUGCAGUCCCUCGGGCUUCUGCCCUCUGACUUUAUAGAAGACACGGAGACAGACAUUAACUUCCUGCUGAAACAGGCCCUUACCAUUGUGGCAACUUUGCCGUUCACCUACAUGCUGGAGGAAUGGCGUUGGCAGGUGUUCCAGGGGACUAUCCCUAAAGAGCAGUGGAUGCUCCGCUGGUGGGAGAUGAAACGAGAGCUGGUUGGUGUGGUGGAACCUUUACCUAGAGAUGAGACGUACUGUGACCCACCUGCUCUUUUCCAUGUGUCUGGGGAUUAUUCAUUUAUCCGAUACUUCACACGAACUAUCUACCAGUUCCAGUUUCAGGCUGCACUUUGCAAGGAAGCAGGCCACAGUGGCCCUCUUUACAAAUGUGACAUCACCAACUCCACCAAUGCCGGAAACAAACUUAGGCAAAUGCUUGAGUUGGGCCGAUCAAAAUCUUGGACACGGGCUUUGGAGGAUAUCUCAGGCAACACCAGGAUGGACUCCAAACCUCUGCUGAACUACUUCAGUACAUUGUACGAAUGGCUUAAGGUGCAAAACCAGAUGAACAACAGACAACCAGGCUGGGAUGCUGCUAUAGAUCCAUAUUCUGAAAAUGCUCUUAAAGUGAGAGUGAGUCUAAAGGCUGCCCUGGGAGAUAAUGCAUACCAGUGGAAUGACAAUGAGAUGUACCUUUUUAAGGCCUCCGUGGCCUUUGCCAUGCGACGGUACUAUUUACAAACCAAGGCUGAAGAUAUCAGUUUCACGGUAGACAACAUCUACACAUACAAAGAAACACCAAGGAUUUCUUUUUACUUUCUGGUGACCGAUCCGACUAAUGCAACUAGGAUUAUUCCCAAAACAGAAGUGGAGGCUGCUAUCUGGCUUUCUAGAGAUCGCAUCAAUGGGGUUUUUCAGCUGACGGAUGACACACUGGAGUUUUUAGGCCUACGUGCUACACUGGCUCCUCUCACAGAGCCACCGGUUCAAGUAUGGCUGAUUGCUUUCGGAGUGGUGAUGGGAUUGGUGGUUUGCAUAGGCCUUUACAUCAUCAUCACAGGGGCCUUGAACAGGAGGAGGAAAGCCAAGAAUAUGGACAGUCCUGGGAACCCGUAUGAGGAACCUGCUAACGGGAUGGUGAACAAUGCUUAUGAAAAUGAAAGCGAACAAACAGGAUUUUAAUCUGCAAAUUUUACUUGAGACAAAAGCAAAGAAGUGUUCACCACAAUUAAGACGACCGUGAGAGAUAUUUUUGGAGAAAUGUUUUUUGCUAACACGCUCAAACAUUUUAUUGACAUGUUAGAGCAUCUGCUUUGCUGUAAUGUGAUUUUUUGUAUAGUAUGACAAUGGAAGAGAGAAACAUUCUAAAAUAUUCUUCUGAUAUGUAAACAUUUAUAAAGCAUUACAGGUAUUUAAAUAAAACAAAAAAAGCACUGUU